AUGAGUUAUAGAAGAACAACUUUAUUUGACGAACGAGAUGCGGAAGAUGCUUAUUAUGAGAUGCAUGGUCGUAGAGUAUAUGGACACGCUCUGAAUAUUCAGUGGGCCAAAAACGCUCCUUCUAGAUCUUGGCGGUAUGAGGGAAGUAGUCGAAAUUCACCGCGUCGAAGUCGCCGAUCGCCGUCGCCGGCACUUGAAAGAGAACGAACUACUAAUGGUGAAGAACGACCGGCUGAUGACAGAAGGUCCAGAUCUAUAUCACCAACAACUAGAGACGAUACUAAACGUCGUGAUUCUCGUUCACCUCCUCGUCCUCGUGAAGAAGCUAGAGAAAGAUCUACAAGCCCAAAUGAUCGUAAUGGCAAUGGCACUUCUCGUUCUCCAUCAAGGAGUCCACCAGCACGUCUUUCGCAGUCUAGAAGUCCCCAACGGGAUUGA